AUGGCCGAGACGCAGCCACCAUCGGGCGGCGAUAACCGGUGGGAGGUGUCUGACGACGCAAUUCAAGAUCCCGAGGAAAUCAGAGUGCUCUUUUGCGCCCUGGACUCGUUUCUGUAUGAUCACUGGAAAAUGCUUGCGGCAAAGCCUUUCUCGUAUCUCGAAACACUGGAUCGCGUUGACGAGGCCAUUGAGAGCAACGCGGAGCUGGCCCGCGAGAUUGUGCGGUUUGGCUUGGAGUCGUUCCGUGUUGGGGGCAGCGAUGAUGCUCACACGCAAAAAGCAGAAGCAGCACCAGCAGCACCCGGCGCAGAACCGAAGCUGCCGGCACACUGGUCCGGCGUUGCCAAGCACCAAGACGUCGACAAGGCGCGGAGCACCCUGCGGCAGUUUUUACGGGACUGGACAGCCGCCGGUGCGGACGAGCGGGAAAAGAGUUACGGACCUGUUAUGCGGGCGCUGGCUGCCGAGCGGAUACGGCGAGAGGAAGUGGCCGCAACGGCUGCGGAAGCUGCGGCGACGGCCAACGAUGGACAAGGACACAACGCCACCGGCGCGGACAGCGACCACGAAGACGAUUGGUAUUACCGCGGCCGCCUCAAAGUACUGGUCCCCGGCGCGGGGCUGGGCCGCCUGGUAUUUGACCUGUGCCUCGCCGGCUACGAGGCCGAGGGCAACGAGAUCUCAUAUCACCAGCUGCUGGCGUCGUCGUACAUUCUCAACUUUACGCGCAAGGCCGGCCAGCACACAAUCUACCCAUGGGUGCACUCCUUCUCCAACCACCGUGUGCGCGAGAACCACCUGCGCUCGUACGCCGUGCCGGACGUUCACCCAGGCCAAGCGAUUGUAGAUGCGUCGAUGCAGCAGAUGCAGCAGCCGCUACAGCCCGGCCAGCACGGGAUCGGCACGAUGAGCAUGUGCGCUGCCGAUUUCUUGUGUCUGUACAGCGACGCCGAGCAUGCUGAGGUGUACGACGCCGUGGCGUGUGUGUUCUUCCUCGACACGGCGCCAAACCUGAUCCGGUACAUCGAGACGAUCCGGCACUGUCUCAAGCCUGGUGGGCUGCUGAUCAACAUUGGACCGCUGCUAUGGCACUUUGAGAACAACGCGCCAGGCAACCACGGCCGGGAUGACGACGGUGAUGGGGAACACGACGCGACGACCUCGACAGGUAUUGCGGACCCGGGCAGCUUUGAGCUGAGCGACGACGAGGUGCGGGCGCUGGUCGAGAAGCUGGGGUUCACGGUUGUCACGCAUGAGACGGGUGUCGAGACACCCUACAUCCACGACGACCAGUCGCUGCUCCAGACCGUCUACAAGUCGAGUCAUUGGGUGGCACGCAAGAACUAG